AGGCCGACCUCGCGCCCCUCCCGGCGCGCCCAGCGGGCCCUGCUCGUGCGCCCCGAGCCGCGCUGCCAGAGGGGACCGGCGCGGGUGCCAGGCCAGCCCGGUGGGGACGGCGCGCGGCGAUGGUGCCGGCGCAGGGCGCGCCCGCCGCGCAGGCUGGCCGGCCUCUGGAGUCGAGCUCUGGUGUCAAGAGGCACACGAUGGUGCAGGGCUUUCUCUGCGUCCUGUGCACCCUCGUCGGGGCGUUCUACCCGACGCUGCUCGACAUGUCGAAGACUUCGACGGAGCAGAAGGUGGCCUUCGGGCCGGGCUCUGACGGCCUACGGACGCAAGAGUGGCGGACGUACCCCUUCAGCCCAGUGUCUGUGGUUCUCGUCAACCAGGCUCUGCAGGUCUCAAUAGCGACGUGCUUCGUGGCCAAGAAGAACGGCCUCGCGUCCUUAUGGAAAGAUUCUGGGAUCGCGCUCAAGAUGUUUCCGCUGGGCGCCAUCUAUGCCAUUGGCGAGAUCCUGACGCUUCGGUCCGUGCAAAAGGGCUCUGGCCCUGUCUACGUCAUCAUCGCCAACAUGAAGCUGGUGGUCGCGGCGUUUAUGUCGCGGAUGUUUUUCGGGCGCGCCCGCGCGAUGCCGCUCGCGCAUUGGCUGGAGUUGGUGCUGAUCAGCCUGGCAGCCGCGGGUUACACUCUGGCCGAGGCUGGUUCGCUUGGCAACCAGUGGCAGUGGGAAGGCGCGUGGAUGGCGUUGCUGAAGAGCUCCCUCGUGGCGUUCAGCAGCGUCUUCUGCGAGCACAUCUACAAGAGCAACGCUUUCCACGUGGUGCUGACCCUGCAGGCUUUCUGGGGCCUGGUCGUCGUCGUGCUGUUAAUCGCGCUGUCCUUCGUCGGCCUGGGCCCGAGCUUCAUCGCGUCGGAGCUGCGCGACGACCUCGGCGGCGCGUCCUUGUUCGCGGGCGGCCCAGCGCAUGCGCUGUGCUCGUCGGACGAGCACGCGGCGUGCGUUCGCAGCCUCGCCCGCACCUCCGCGGCGCUGUCCGGCGAGGCGGUGUGCCGGUGCAUCAGCCGGCGCGGCUGGGAUCCGUCCACGCUGCUGGCCAUCUUCGCCGACCUCACGAACGCCGUCUCCUCGGCGCUGGUGUUCAAGAGGCUCAGCGCCGUGGCCAAGUACGUCUGCAGGGCCACCUCGGCCGUGCCGAUGUACGUCUUCUACUGCCUCGCGGGGCGCUCGAGCUGGGACGUGCGGACCUUCGGCGUGGUGCUGCUCCUGUGCGGGCAGGUCAGCGUGUACACCGUGCAGCGGCACAGGGCCGACAGGAACAAGGAGGUCGCGGACGCGCACUUCGCGCAGCACUACGGCGGCACGGGCAUGCCCAAGAGGGCGCCGUGAGCAGGGGCUGCCAGCGGCGCCGGCGGUCCGUGGGGGGGGGCGUCGGCCUGCGCCCGCUCGCGCGCCGGAGGCGACCCCCGCUCUCGGCAGGCACGGCGCCGGGAGCCGGGAGCAAACUAGAAGGACGCCCUUCCUCGGGCAGGUUUCGAGAGGAUCGGCUGUCGCUGGACACUCUGUGUCGCGUUUCGCAGUGCUUCAGAGGAGGAAAACGUACCGAUCACCACCCCUCCCACGAGCGCCCUGACAGCGUGGAGAGCAGCAGCGAUGUCGGACCAUGAUUUGGGUGGCCGUAGUCUCACAGUGAUGAUUGCAGCCGCCCGCUAGCCCGUGCCUCAC